AUGAAGCUACGAACGCUCACGAAUAUCCUCCCUCUUGUCCUUCUUGCUCUAUCAAACACUACAUCCUCACAAGUGACAUCAACAUCAACAGCAACUACACUCACAACCUCCUCGACCUCCUCAACCUCAACCACCACCUUCUCCUCCACCAGUACAUCAACCCCCCGACCAAUCUACGCCAUAGCCCACCGCAUCCUCACCACCCCCUCCCUACACGCAGCCCUAACCCACGGCGCCAACGUCCUCGAAAUCGACCUCACAGCCCACACCUACGAAUGGUACACGGACCACGACAACACGCUCUGCAGCGCGCGCGCCACCGCACGAUCCCUCUUCACUGCCAUCGCCGACGCCCGCUCCGCCGGCGCAAACAUCUCCUUCGUGUGGCUGGACAUCAAGAACCCGGAUGACUGCGUCCUGGGCCGGGGGUGUUCGAUUCAGGCGUUGCGGGAUCUGGCGAGGGAGAUUUUGGGGGAGGUAGGGAUUGGGGUGUUGUAUGGGUUUUAUGAGCAGGAGGGGAGUACUGGGUUCGAGGUUAUAGGCCGGGGAUUGAGGGGGAGGGAGGCGGUGGUGUUGAGUGGGGAGGUGGGGGAGGUGGAGGGGUGGUUUGAUCAUAUCGAUGUUGAUACUGAUGUUGAUGCUGGGAAUAGGAAUGGAUCAGGGGUGGCUGCUGCUCAGCGAGUCAUGGACUACGGGGCUGUGGAUCUCACCAGCGAGAGCUUUGGAUCGUGCAAUGGCACAGACGGGGGUGUUUGCUCUGUGCUGAAGACCGGGGCGCAGGCGAGAGAUGACGGGCAGAUUGGGGCUGUCAUGGCGUGGACGACAACGCGGGGCCAGGGUGACAUGGUGCAGAAGAUGUUGGGCGAGGCGGGCGUCGAUGGGAUUAUUUAUGGGCUCGGGGGAGCGGAGUAUGCGGAUGAUGAGACCACCAGGGCGGCGUAUGAGGAUAUCGAGACGUAUGUGCGGAGCAAUGGGGAUCUGAGGAUGGCGACGGCGGAGGAUCUGCCGUGGUAG